AUGAGACCAUGGGGAGUCUGCCAAAGAUUGUAUAAAAUCAGAAGUCCAAUUCAAAGAAAAUUAGUCAAAACACUUGGUCCAGAACUGCCACUCGUCAGAGACAAUGUCGACACUGAGGAAACAGUCUCUUUAAAAGAUCUUCAAAAACAAGUUAAUAGUUUAGAAUUGCUUUUACGUGAGUAUAUUAUUGAUUUUUCGUAUCUCGCCGAAUCUCGAAAAAAUGUAACAAG